UGUUCUCUGAGGCUUAGCCGAACCCCAAAGUUAUAUUUUCGCGUUUUUUUAACGUAUACCUACGUAUUUCUUCCGGAAUCGAAUCCGACUCACGAUGAAUUUGUUUCUCUCGCACGAGUUUCGUAGCUGCGCCUAAUUUCUGUUCUCCACCUCUAGUACCUCUCUUUUCAACUUCACCUGGUCAUCGUGAAUGCAUUCGAGGAUUUGAGUCUGCCCGGGGAUCGCCCAUUUGUUUUGGUAACUACACAACAAAAUGACGGAUUUCUCGCGUGCCCAGGAGCUCUACAUCGACGAGCGGUACCAAGCCUGCGUGGACUUGCUGUAUGAGAGUGCACAAGUCCCCUUCCCCCUCAUUUGUAUUGCAUGAGCAGCAAUACAGGGAGCCUGUGCAUUACAAAUUCAUGCGCCUCGUGUAGUACUGUUUGCGCUUCCGGAAUCUGUCAUGCAAACAGUGCACAGGUGGGAAGCACAAGCACGUGGAGUUGGUGUUUUGCAUGACAAAUGUGGGGCAGGGGGAGUUGUGCACUGUCAUAUGCUGCCAGACCCUCCCACAACUCCCGCAGAGAACCUCCCGGAAACUACAACUACUACAUGGAAGUUUUUCAAGUUGCGCGGGCUCGCAAAGUACCAGCUCGGUGACUGGAAGAACGCGGAGCUUGAUUUGGAGAAAAGCCUCGAGCUUUUCCACCAGGCGAACAACGGUGCUUCCACAAACGCCUCCCGGAAGGGCGACGCGGAGCUGACACCGGAAUUGGAUUUUUUGAACUUGUCGUUGGGGAAAACGUGCUUUUACGCGAAGAAGUACGACGCAGCCAUGAAGUACUUCGGGAAAACGGACCACAAGCUGUGGCAGAGCAAAGUGUCGGCGGCCAUGAGCGGAUCGGUUUUGCCGCUCAAGAACUUCCUGCCGCCCGCAGGAACCGCGGCCGCGGCGGCGUCCUCUAGUACAACUUCGGGGCAAGGGCAACGCACCGCCACCGCUUCCGUACCGCCGGCGAACAAGGCGGAAGUCGUAAACAAGUCGAAACUUCCUGCUUCUGCAAAACCCGCGGACGCGAAAAACAAGGGGCUGGACAACGGACACGACGAGGAGGACGACGAAAUCGAGGUAGAGGAAUUAGAACCAGCCGCACCGUACCAAAUGCAAAUAUGUCAUCUGGGUCUGGAAGAUUGCGAGAUUUGUAUUGCUGAACUCGCAUGCCCGUGAACUCUGUGGUGCAUGGUGUGGAAUAGGGCCAACCCUCUGUCAUACAAAAACGCGAUUUGUGGUGCGGGUUACGCAUGAAAUAACUGCUCAAAAAUUUCUCAUGCAUGGCUGCGUAUGAGGGUCAGUUUGCGAUGCAGGAAUUAGCAUCGCAAGUUUCCAGACCCAAAGGACAUAUUUGCAAUGCAUACACCGCCGCUGAAGCCAAUCCGCCACGAGUGGUACCAGAACAACGAUUUUGUGAUGGUGUCGGUGUAUCUGAAGAACCUGCCGAAGGUAUCCUAUGUAAAAACGUCUCCACACCAUAUUCAAGAUGGGAAAUCUGCAACACAAAUCUCCAAGUUUUGGGAGUUCUGCAUGACAAGUCUCCAUCUGCAGUGUAGUGCUGGUUAGCAAGGAAAGCCGCAUGAGAAAGCCAUUUCCUGUUUACAGCAUUCCAAAUUCCAAAACUCGACUGGAAGUGGCUCUCAAGGAGAUGCGCAUUACAAAUGGUCCUGUCAUUGCACAUUGGCAUGACAACUCUUGAAAAGGGACGUUUUUACACAGGAUAGAAGGACCAAAUCAGGGUGAGUUUUGAGGAGAAUCGGUUUGUAGUGGAAAACCUGCGGGUGGAGUCAGAUGCGAUGUUUGAAAAGGAAAAACUGUUCGAAAGAACCCUGGCGGUGCAGCUCUUCACCGAGAUCGUACCAGAGGAAUGCGUGGUGGACCAUGGGAGCGUAUUUACUUACGUUGGGUUUUUCCUCAUGCUUCGUGCUUGUUCCAUCUCAAUGCAUGCUUUGUGAUUUUUCUGUUUGUCUGUACUCUAUCAAUCGAAUAUAAACUGUUGCUGUUUUUCACAAUGCAAUGAUGUAGCCUGCUUUAUUUCCUUUUUUUUUUCCGUCGUUCUCGUGAAAGAACCGGAACCUUUCUCAUCUCUUCCCCCGAACAACCCCCACAGGUUAAGAUCGAGUUGAAACUGAAGAAAGCCGUCCCGGGGCUGCAGUGGAGCGGGCUGACGCCGGAGGCUAAGCAGGUGAACGACAAACCGUUGGCGUAUCCGACCUCCAAUGCGAAAAAGAACUAUCAAGAGGAAAAUUCCGGCCCUUCCCCAUAUAAAAACGAAGUUUCUGAUGCUGGAUAUGCGUACACAAAUCAGCUUUGUCUUGCUGGAGAGGACUUGCAGGCAAAUAUCAAGGCCCAGUAGUGAGGUUUUGGCCUAGGCGCUUAGUCGAUGAAAAACGUCUGUGCUGUAGGCCCAACAGCAUCGCAAACCGCCUGCAUAAUGCCGCGGAGCCUGUGGGGUUGCCUGCUCGCAAGACAGGCGCGAUUUGUGGCCACAGAUCAGCAACACAAAUUCUCGGAAACGUACCGCGUCAAUAUGGGGAAGGGGGGCGGUUCCUCGCGAUAAGAACAAGUGGGUGACCACCGUGGACGACGACGAGGACGAGAAACCGCAGGGCGACGUAUGCCAUGCAAAUAUGUGUGUGUCUGGAAUAAACUUGUGAUGGCAGUUUGCGAAACACCAGCAACCUCCAAUAUGGGGACAGGCAUGACAAGUUUCUGAGCGAGGACUAGGUCAUCUUGCGUAAACUGCAUGAGAAACUGCGUUCACAAAAAAAAAUAGCUUGUUGGUAGCGCAACAUGCAUGACAGAUCUUUCUUUCCUGUCAGCAGAGCAUUACAAAGUCCUGCAAUUACUUAUCUACUUCCAGACCCAGACAUGUUUGCACUUGAUACGACGAGGCUCUGAACAAAUUGUUUAAGGAAAUUUACGGUAAUGCAACCGACGAAACAAGAAGAGCGAUGGUACAGGGCAUGGUGUACUAUGAUGUUACUAGGAAAAUAAAAAUUUGGUGUUCCAUAAACGGUUUGAUUUCAAAAAUUAAACCGCACCUCAGCGACGGGCUUUUAUGUACUUGAGCAAAUUGCUUUCUUUUUUAUCAGGUAAAAUCGUUCCAGACCAGUGGGGGCACCGUGCUUUCGACAAAUUGGGACGAGGUGGGGAAAGCAGAUUACGAGGGAAAAGACCGCCCAGACGCGCCGCAGGGACAGAGUUGGAAGAAAUGGUAGAGCGUGCAUUUAUUUUGGGGCAGCAUCAGCUGCAUUGUUGGAAAAUCAAAAUUCCAUUCUGAGCGGUGCAAGAAAACAGGCUCGUUCUUUGUAACAACAGACCAUUCUGUCUCUGCUCAUCUCUAAAAACCAAAGCGAGUACGACCGGUCAUCUCCAUAUCGACUUUUUUGUACCGGAAAAAAUUAAACUGGACAUCACGAACCGCACUUUCUUCAAAGGCGAUUCAGUGACUACUUAGAGGAAGCC